UUCGAGGUCAUAACGAUGGACAUCAAGGUCAACGCAGAUGGUGUGCUGAGGGAGGUGUGUGGAAUUAACGAAGGAACAACUUGUGAAGAAGUAAUAUUUAAACUUGCACAAGUUGCCAGUUUACCUGGCUUCUAUACUUUGGUCGCAAGCUAUAGAGAGGAAGAGGUUACGCUUUCUCCAGAUGAGCGGAUCAUAAAUUUCAUCAAAGAUACUAAAGAAAAUCCUGCCAAUAUAUGUUUUAUUCUUCGCCGACUGGAGGCCAUUUCCCCUUUCUCUCCGAAGAAUCCCAAAGUCUAUCCUCCUGUUCCUAGUCACCAGUCGACAAGCCGUUCUCAUUCACAAAAUCCACGAACUUCAUCACGAUGGUCUAAUCCUCAACCGACAGCAGAAAAUAGAGAUUUGUAUUCUAAUACACCGACAUCUGUACCAAUUCAAACUCACCAGUUUGUCACUUCAAAGCAAUCACGAAAUUACUACAGUGAUUCUGCUCGUGAACCAAUCAGUACUCAGCUAACAGCCAAUUCUAUCAGUGAUGAACAAUCGUAUCACGAUGUUGAUCAAUACAACCAACUCAAAGAUCAACUAGCCUAUCAAGAACAACAGGUUGAACUCAAUCGAAUACGAUUACUUCGUCUAGAUAAAGAAAUAAAUCAUUUGGAACAAUCAGCUCGACAAGGUGUGAAAGAUGGCUAUUCUACACCUGAAUUAUUAAGUGGAUCUGCAGUUGGCCCUGUCGCAGAAUUAGCUCAACUAGCCGCCACGCCUUGGUCACAAUUGUUGGAUACGAAUCGUGCAAGACAACGCGAACUACUGUCAGAAUGUGAACGACAUAAAAUUGCUAUCGAUCAAGUGGAUAGUCAUCUUGCGAAGACAAAGAUGAAUUUAUCUCAAUUAGAAAAUCAAAUCAGUCAAGAAUUGAACCGACUACUCAAUGAAUUGGAAGGAUACAACCAACACAGACGAUUAUUAUUGAAGUCAGCCAACAGUUCGUCACAUACUCGUCCAAGAACUAUUAAUCAUCCAUCAGAUGCAAGUGAUGGAGUUGCUGUGUGAUAGUUUGCACCAGCAGGGGAGGGAGGCUCCUUGAAAUAGUAUUCUACGGUACAGAAAAAGUAACAAUAUCAUGUUUUCUUGCAAAUUACGCAAUGAUCUCAAGCAAAAAAUAAUUUCAAUUCUUUUCAUAAACUCUUCCUUAUAAUGUACAAAUAUGAUUUUUAGACGGAACACUUUUUUUGAUCGACUGAUGUUUAAAGACUCGACUCAUCAUCUGUGCAGUACAAUCCCCCUUUUUUCACUGCUAUGCCGAUGGUGGUCAUCUCGAAAAUCGUCGAGACUCCAGAAUUCAGAGGUGAAUGAAUAAUUCACGUCUGCAGAAAUUCUAGUAUACUGAUGAUGAAUUUAGCUACGAGGGAUUAAAGCAAGAACCCUGUAUUUAAAAUCAUUCUGACCCCUGGCUGGCGAAAUUUGCUGCCAAUCGUUGUGAGUGAUGUUUUACUCCUCACGUCGUUCAAAAUGUGAUCAUUAUUAACGGUCAAAAAAAAACAAUGUUAUCAUGCAUAAAGAGACUUUUGAUAGUCUGAAGGGAAAG